AUGGCGGCCGGCGUGGCGACGUGGCUGCCGUUUGCACGGGCGGCGGCGGUGGGAUGGCUGCCGCUGGCCAAGAAGACGAUGCCCAAGCCCCCGGUGGACAACACCUCCAGGUCCGACGAGAUCCUGUACGUCAACGUCAGCGGGGUCAGGUUCCAGACGUGGAAGAACACUCUGGACCGCUACCCCGACACGCUGCUGGGCUCCUCGGAAAAAGAGUUUUUCUACAACGAGGACACGCAGGAAUACUUCUUCGACCGAGACCCCGAGAUGUUCCGACACAUCCUGAACUUCUACCGCACCGGGAAGCUGCACUACCCGCGACACGAGUGCAUCCAGGCCUUCGACGAGGAGCUGGCCUUCUACGGCAUCGUGCCCGAGAUCAUCGGAGACUGCUGCAUGGAGGAAUACCGAGACAGGAAAAAGGAGAACCAGGAGCGCCUGGCCGAGGACACGGAGGCCAAUGAGGCGUCGGACGCCCCCCUGCCCCCCCACAGCACCUCCCGGGAGCGUCUGUGGCGAGCCUUCGAGAACCCGCACACCUCCACCAUGGCGCUGGUCUUCUACUACGUCACCGGCUUCUUCAUCGCCGUGUCCGUCAUCGCCAACGUGGUGGAGACGGUCCCCUGCCGGCCUCCCAAGGGCAGCGUCAAGGACCUGCCCUGCGGCGAGAAGUACCAGCUGGCCUUCUUCUGCAUGGACACGGCCUGCGUGCUCAUCUUCACCUUCGAGUACCUGAUGCGCCUGUUCGCCGCGCCCAGCCGCUGCAAGUUCAUGCGCUCGGUGAUGUCGGUGAUCGACGUGGUGGCCAUCAUGCCCUACUACAUCGGCCUGGUGAUGCCCGAGAACGAGGACGUGAGCGGCGCCUUCGUCACGCUGCGGGUCUUCCGCGUCUUCCGCAUCUUCAAGUUCUCGCGCCACUCGCAGGGUUUGCGGAUUUUGGGCUACACGCUGAAGAGCUGCGCCUCGGAGCUGGGCUUCCUGCUCUUCUCCCUCACCAUGGCCAUCAUCAUCUUCGCCACCGUCAUGUUCUACGCCGAGAAGGGCACCAAGGGCUCCACCUUCACCUCCAUCCCCGCCUCCUUCUGGUACACCAUCGUCACCAUGACCACGCUCGGGUGA